GCUCCACGCGAAAGGUUAGGAGUCUCUGUUUUCUAUAUAAACAGAGGAGACCCUCGAUCUCGAAGCAUCAAUGAAAUCCUAGAAGAGAGAGGCUUUGUAAGAGAAGGGGCGAGGAGGGCAGCCAAUAGUUUUCUCUACAGUUCAAGAAAGCUUUGUUUUUCACAUUCAAAUCAGAAAUCAGAAUUCAGAAUGGCUUGCUCUCUUUCUAACGCAAAGCUUAUCCUUUCAGCUUUCGUCAAUGGCGUCUCUGUGUCAAUCAAGAACAGGCGAGGUUACACUGCAGCAACUGAAGGUCUUGGAGUUAUAUCAAACAUGGCGGAAGGAAGUGGGGCGAAGAGUAACGUGGUGGAAGCAGGGGAGGAGAUGAUGAGGGGAACCAUAAAAGAAGCAUCAUCAUCAUCAUCGGAAACUACUAAAUAUUGGGCACCAGACCCAGUCACUGGUUACUACCGCCCAGAGCAUAUUGGUGCAGGUGAAAUCGACGUGGCUGAGCUUCGGGAGAUGCUCUUGAACAAGUCUAGGCAACAACACUAGAUGUUCUUCAUAUAAUCAAAACCAGAGAAAGAGAGAGAGAGAGAGAGAGAGAGAGGUCUAAUUGUCUUUCACUUCUAAUCAUCCUAUGUAACUUGGGAGAACUAUUUGAUAUGUAAUCCUACUUGCAACACACUAUUACUCUA